GCUGGGAAAUGUAGUCUCGGUCUGGCCCGGUCCUCUGCACUGUCGUCUAAGAAUGGCGGCUGCGGGAAUAAACAAGCAGGGCACCGUGGUGACGAUGGAGCCCUGCUUUCGACACGGGAGGGGGGCGAACGGAAGCACCGUUAAGGUGCUGGAGUGCGGAGUUUGUGAGGACGUCUUCUCCCUCCAAGGCGACAAGGUCCCCCGCCUGCUGCUCUGCGGUCACACGGUGUGCCACGACUGCCUGACCCGGCUGCCCCUGCACGGCAGGGCGGUCCGCUGCCCCUUUGACAGACAGGUCACGGAGCUGGGAGAUUCGGGGGUUUGGGGCCUAAAGAAGAACUUUGCGCUGCUCGAACUCCUGGAGCGACUCCAGAAUGGAGCCACCAACCAGUCAGGAAUGUCUGAGGACGCCCUGAAGGGCAUGGGAGAAUGUAUAAUACGGUGUGACGAAGACGAGAGCCACACAGCCUCCGUGUACUGCACCGUGUGCGCCACCCACCUGUGUGGCGAGUGCUCCCAGCUCACCCACUCCACUCGCACGCUGGCCAAACACCGCCGCGUGCCGCUGGCCGAUAAGCCUCACGAGAAGAUGCUCUGCCCCCAGCAUCAGGUCCAUGCUAUCGAGUUUGUGUGCCUGGAGGAGGCGUGUCAGUCCGGGCCUCUCAUGUGCUGCGUCUGCAAGGAGUAUGGCAAGCACCAGGGACAUAAGCACGCUCUCCUUGAGUCUGAGGCCAAUCAGAUCCGAGCUUCUAUCCUGGACAUGGCCCACUGCAUCCGCAGCUUCACAGACGAAGUGUCCGAGUACUCCAGGAAGCUGGUGGGCAUCGUGCAGCAGAUAGAAGGAGGAGAACAGAUCGUGGAGGAUGGCGUAGGCAUGGCGCACACCGAGCAUAUUCCCGGCACAGCAGAGAGCGCGCGCUCCUGCGUCCGGGCUUACUUCUCAGACCUCCACGAGACUCUGUGUCGGCAGGAGGAGAUGGCGCUGAGUGUGGUGGACGCCCACGUUCGGGAGAGGCUCAUCUGGCUGAGGCAGCAGCAGGAGGACAUGACCAUCCUGCUGUCGCAGGUCUCCACCGCCUGCCUGCACUGCGAGAAGACUCUUCAGCAGGACGACUGCAGGGUUGUUCUGGCAAAGCAGGAGAUCAGCUGUUUACUGGAGACGCUUCAGAAGCAGCAGCACCAGUUCACGGAGCUGGCAGACCACAUCCAGCUGGACGCCGGCAUCCCCGUCACCUUCACCAAGGACAACCGAGUUCACAUCGGACCAAAGAUGGAGAUCCGGGUGGUGACUCUGGGGCUCGAUGGGGCUGGAAAAACAACCAUUCUAUUCAAGCUGAAGCAAGACGAGUUCAUGCAGCCCAUCCCAACCAUCGGCUUCAACGUGGAGACCGUCGAGUACAAGAACUUAAAAUUUACCAUCUGGGACGUUGGUGGAAAGCAUAAGCUGAGGCCGCUCUGGAAACACUAUUAUCUCAACACUCAAGCGGUGGUGUUCGUCAUCGACAGCUGCCACAGGGACCGACUCAUGGAGGCCCACAGCGAGCUGGCCAAACUCCUGACAGAGAAGGAGCUGCGGGACGCCCUUCUGCUCAUCUUCGCCAACAAGCAGGACGUUCCAGGCGCCGUGUCUGUGGAGGAGAUGACGGAGCUGCUGAGCCUUCACAAGCUGUGCUGUGGGAGGAGCUGGCACAUUCAGGGCUGCGACGCCCGUAGUGGGAUGGGCCUCCACGAGGGGCUGGACUGGCUCUCCAGGCAGCUGGUGGCUGCUGGGGUUCUGGACGUGGCGUGAGCGAGCAGAACCACAGUCCCGCUCCCCUCACACGCAUCCCUCCUUCUUUGCGAGCAGAGGAAAGGCUGGUGGACAUGCUUUCUGCGGCUUUACAUCAGAUCGCUGCGAUUUCUGCGCUGACCGGCCUCAAACCGGACACAACAGCUUUGCUUUUGUCGUGGACUCAACCUUCCAUCCUCAUCAACCUUUUGUUGCUUCCAUUAGCCUGAGAUGAAACAGCCGAGUGAGGCCUGCCUGCUGGCUGCGACCUGAUGUGAACCUGCCUUUGAGCAAAGCAGACGUCUGACUGGUUCAUGUGGGAUCCACUGAAAGCUGGACUGGAAGCAGCAGAGCGCUUCCUGUUACAGAACUAGUUUACUGUCAGUUAGGAGGAAGACGGAGGUGUGAGUGUUUUUGCACAAAGAUUUAAUUUAACGCACUUAUCUGCUGCUUUUGGUGAGGGCUUUCUUCUGAAAGCAAAUGAACCAUCUGCUGGUUUUGACGUAAGAUUUCUGCAACAUUUACAAAAAAAAAACAAAAAACUCAUGUAACAGCUCAACCAGCUCCUGUUGCUGUCCAGAAUGCUUCAACAAUAGGGCGCCUUCAACCCGCCUUCAGUAAUAAACGUGAUGUGAAACGUAGAACAUGAAACCCAACAAACACUGACUCUUAUUAAGGAACCAUCGUUUGAGUUUGGUCUUUACUCAUUGCUAUGUAAUGUUGUUGUAUCGAUGUAACAAAGUACAAAUAAAACCCGCAUGUGAGAAAAGCUGUUCCACAGCUGCUGGAAAUAUUUCUGUUUUAUGAACCUUCAAGCACAAUGCGCUUCGAAGUCUUAAAGCUUCUGAAGCCUUGAAGAUUUCGGAGCCUUGAAUCUUCAGAAGCUUUCAAAGCCUUGAAGCUUCUGAAGCCUUGAAGCUUUGGAAGCCUUGAGGCUUUUGAAGCCUUCCAUGAAGCUUCUGAAGCUUUCAAAGCCUUGAAGCUUCUGAAGCCUUGAAGCUUCGGACGCCUUGAAGCUUUCGAAGCCUUGAAGCUUCUGAAGCCUUCCAUGAAGCUUCUGAAGCCUUGAAGCUUCUGAAGCCUUAAAGCUUUCGAAGCCUUCCUUGAAGCUUUCAAAGCCUUGAAGCUUUCGGAGCCUUGAAUCUUUGGAAGCUUCUAAAGCCUUGAAGCUUCUGAAGCCUUGAAGUUUUUGAUGUCUUGAAGUGAGCCUUGAAACUUAAAAAGCCUUGAAGCUUCUGAGUCCUUGAAUCUUCAAAGCCUUUGUAACAGCGUACUUGGCUUUUGUAAAUGCAGCAGAAUGUGUAAAAUAAACAAUUUGACUCGA